UCCGGAGAGUGCGUACUAUUUCGCUGCGGCCUGGUCUUCGGGGACUGGUUGGGCGCGUGCCUAGCGCAUCCCGGGUCCCAGGAUCCCGCGUGCUUCGGCUUUCACUUAGGUUUUACGCCCUUUCCUUUGGCCCCUCUCGGCCCCGGCCUUGGGACCGCAGAUUCUGCACGUCGUAACGAACGGACGCUUGCUUACCCGCCGUCCCUAGCGCUCGCUGCCGCCGGUUGUGUGCACGUGACUCUUCUCACUAUGUCAUCUCACAAGACUUUCAGGAUCAAGCGGUUCCUGGCGAAGAAACAAAAGCAGAACCGUCCCAUUCCCCAGUGGAUUCGAAUGAAAACUGGGAACAAAAUCAGAUACAAUUCCAAGAGGAGACACUGGAGAAGAACCAAGCUGGGCCUGUAGAGAGAGCUGCAUGUGAGGCGACACAUGUUCGUGCUACAUCAAGAUCGCUAGCAUCACCACAUCGUGCUGAAAACAUCACUGUUUGGACAUGUUUGGAAAGUUAUUUUUCCCGAUGUUUGUAUGUUUCUGCACCUAGUAAAUUGACUCAGCAAUAAAUAUGUGAGGUCUUUGUUGGCAAAAAACA